UUAGCGGCGGAAGUGACGUUUCGAGUUGGGGUCCCGGAUGUAGUUGCGCAUUCCCUGAGGUACUGUUGCUGGCGUUUUCUUCGGGAGCGUCCCCGCGCCGGCCGCAUCCACGUUCCUCUGACGCCCUCCCAUCUCCUCUGGCCUGAGGCUCUGAGUUCUACUCUCCUUCUCUCCCCCAGCUGUGCUCUGAUCCACUUUUACAAGAUGAGCACCACCAAUGUGGAUGAUGCUAAACCAGAAGAUGUUAAACAAGAAUCUGAGAAAAAGAUAUUUUAUUGUGAGGUUUGUAAAGUUCCAUGUAUGAGUUCUAUAAGCCUUCAGUCACACUUCCGUGGAGCAAAACAUAAAAAGAAAGAGAGAGCCAUGAAUGCUUAUCGUGCUCCUGCUCCAGUGAUAUAUGAAACACAGAGACCAGUUAAGCGGAAGCUUACAAAGGACAUAACCUGUCUGAAAGAUUUUAUGAAAGAUCCCAAAAGAGAGGAACCUCUAGUUGGUUUAGAACAUGUGGUCGAAAUCAGAUUUGAAGGGAGGAGAGAGCCACAUUAUGAAUGCAAACUGUGUGAAUUUAACACGGAGAUGGCACCUAUGAUAGAACAUCUCAGUGGCUAUAAACACAGAAGAGCAUAUAUUUCUAAAGAAUUUCCAGAUAAAAUGAAGAAAAACACACCAGGUGUGAAAGAGGACAAAGUCUCAUUUCUCAGACGGAUAGCGAGAGAGAUAGAAAAGGCUGAAGGUUUGAAAAUGUAUAAGACUGAAGGUUAUACAAGACCCAGUAUAUCUUCCUCAUCAUCAAAGAAAAAAUCAAGGUGGGAAGAUGAUUACAAGCCUGAGAAUGAUCCAGUUCGAAAGCAGAAAGCCCUGGAAUACUUGGAAUCUUUUCGGGUCACCUCAGACACAGAAGCAACUCUGGUAGUUAGUAUUACACAAGAGCUGACCGAAGCUUUGAAGACCUUUUGUAAAAAGAAAGCAGCUGUCAAUUAUGCCAGCAGCCUGAGGCCAUUGAUGUCAAUAUCUCAAGAUGAGCUUUCAGCAGGAAAAAACACCCCAAAACCAUACAAGUCUUAUGACAAUUACAAAGGCAAUUCAGGAAAUACUAAUUGGAAUCAAGAUUUUUCAUCUCAAAGACCUGAACAGGAACAAUUUACAUCACAAUUGGAUGCAAACACUUCAUUCACCACUGCCAGUUCAUAUAGUUACCAAACAGGUGAUGGAUCAUCCUCAUAUGGACUAAAACCUAAUGAUUCUGCAACAAUGGCUGCACUCAGUAAUUCAUUUGCCCUUCAGACGGGAGGCUUUGCUACUGGGAUCAAUGAAUGGCUGAAGCAAUUCAACCAAUCUGCUUCUGUAUCCUCCCAGUCCACUUCAGGUGGAGGCACCUCUCCCUACUUCACAUAUUCAGGGAGUGGGUAUUCAACAGAAUACAAGUCUAAUAGUGCCCAAGGAAACAAAACUACGGCACCUGAUAACAGAAUGGCUUAUGGUGUUGGAGGUACAAAUUGGAAGAGUCAAAGAGCAUUUCCAAAUACAAGGAAUUUACCUGAUCAGAGAUCAUCCUAUUCUGCUUCCUCUGCUACAUAUCCUUCAUCUGGAGGAUAUUCGACAAACUACCCUUUACAAGGCUGUUCAUCUUACUACAGAGGUGGGUCUUCAAAUUCCACUUCUUCAUCAAGAGGUGGUUCUAGUUGGUCAGAAGAAUCAAGAUAUCAGAAAUCAAAUUUCAAGACUGAUUCGGCCUCAUUUCGUUCCUCCUCUUCUGUCCACAAUUCAUACAAAGAUUACCAACAACAAAACAGAGAGUCAGAUAAGAUGUUUGAUGAAGAUGCCAGUGGUCUUACUCCCAACAUUCUGCAUAGACUUCAAGGAAAGGAUGUACCUACAAUGACCAGAAUGCUCAAACAGUUGACUCCAUAUUAUCCAGCUCUUCAAAAAAUCAACAUUGAAACAUUAGUCAAAGCAUUAAUUAAAACUAGAGAAAUAAAUUAAGAAGAUAAAACAGCUGAAUUGGAACUGAUGAACAGAACACUGAAGAAUCUUCACUUCAAGUUUUUAGGAAACAAACUCAACAAUUCAGUUUUGGAUGUGGUUUUUUUUUUUGGUUUUGUUUGUUUGUGGAAGGGGAUAGGGUUUAUGUUUUUAGUACAGUAAAAAUGUAGUUGGAGCACAAAUUAUUGUCAUGGAGAUGAAUAUACUGUUCAGAUAUUUUUAUGCAUUUGUUAAAUAUUUUUAGUAGAUUGCACUGGAAACUCUUGGUUUUUGAGGGGCUGGUUAAUAUUAAUCACCCUUUUCCAAAAAGUUUUUGUAUGUUACAAUCCAUUUAGGAAGAAUAUUCACUGAAAAUAGAGUUCCAUUGCAUGGAAAAUACAGAAAUGCAUUACUUCACAUAUAAACCAAUGGCCAGUUCUUCUAAUUUUAGACUUUAUAAUGAGUUAGGAUACUUCUUAGAAGUGACUAUACUGAAUUUCUUUUUGGAACACAUUAAAAUGAUGGGCCCUAAACAAAAUGUUUCUCCUCCUGUGGACUUAAAAUGUGCUCUUAAAUAAUAAAAUGCAAACACUUGUUAGUGGAAAAACUUAA